AUGGAUCAGGUUUACAUGGUUCCGCUCCCAGAUUUUACUGUAUUUCCUGUUGAGAUUCAUGAUAAACCAGGAUUCUGGAGCAUUCCUAUGGUCAUGUUAAAAUUAUUGUUGUGGCCACGUAAACAUUUAAUAGAACAAGAAGAAAACUUGAGUCCAUUUUUGAGAAUGAUAAGAAAUGAUUACACUACGGAAAUUUAUGAUAAUCCGUCGAUAGCCGCAGUAAUUGAUUUCAAAUGGAAAGAGGCAAAAACAUAUUUCGUAAGACAAGUAAUGACUUAUCUUGCAUUUGGAUUAUCAUAUAUUAUUUUAUCAAAUUCAAUUGAAGGACUUGGUAAUCCUCAAACAUCUAAAAGGAAUCUUGCCCUUGUAGUCAUAUUUUAUUACUUUGGAUUUUAUUUAUUGAACACUGAAAGAGUUCAAUUAAAAUAUUUAGGAUGGAGAAGAUAUUUUAACGUUUACAAUUUUUUUGAUUUGUUUUCGGUCAUAUUGCCAUUCAUUUCAGCUUCUAUACAAAUUUAUUAUAAACUAUUAGCUUAUUUCAGAUAUGAAAUCCACUCUGUUGCUAGUUAUUUUGAACUGAAUCAAGAAAAUUUCAUAAUAUUUAAUGCAUUUACGAUUUUAGUAAUGUGGAUGGAAAUUAUUUUGUUAUUACGGUACUUUGAGAAAACCGGAGCUUACAUAUACAUUGUCAUGAAUAUCUUACAAAAUAUAACAUCUUUCUUGAUUUUUAUAUUGCUGAUCGUCCUCGGAUUUGGUCAUACUAUGUUUAUUUUACUUAGCAAUACAGAUAAAAUCGGCAUCAAACCUAACGGUUCCUCCUUCAAAUUCUAUAAUGGAAAUGGCGAACAAGCACCGGGGUUAACUAAUUUGCUGAUUAAUCAAGAAAUAGAUGUGAAUAGUACAUCAGAUAAUCAUUUCGCGAAAAUUUUUAAGUCCAUCGAAGCAGUUUACUUUUGGAUUAACGGUCGUUGGGAUCAAUUAGAUCAAUGGGAUUUCUGGCCAAUAGAUUUCUUUUCUAUCAUUGCCAGUAUCCUUCUUGUUACGAUUUUACAAAAUAUGUUGAUCGCAAUUAUGGCUGGCGCGUACGAUCAAGCAAAAGAAAUUAGUAAACAUGCCGCGCUGAAAUACCGAGCGGAAUUGAUCGCAGAUUAUGAAUUAUUUGAUAAACCAUUUGGGAAUCGAAAAGGGGAUCCUCGAUACAUUUUUUACUUUGGAAAAACCGAUUAUAUUGAGAAAUGGUUAGAAAGAUCCGAAAAAUUUAGAGAAAGUUACAAGAAUUUCUUGGAAGAAAUAGAAGGUGCUAAUCCAUGGUCCUAUGAUGAUGAUGAUUCGGAUAAUUUAGAUCAUUUUCAAAAGUUUCAUCAUCAUUCUCAUUCAUAUACCUGUUCCUCUGGUUUACCAGAUGAUGAUUCUGAAAUUUUAAAUUCACAAAAACGAAUCGUUCCAUUAUUUCAGUCCAUGGAACAAGACAUAUCUGAAAAGUUGCGUUUAAUGGAAGAUAAAAUCAAACAAAUAAUUUCAUUGAAAAAUCGACAAUAA